GUGUUAUCACUAGAUAAGCAAGAAACCUCUUCUAGCAAUCAGAACCCAGCUGUGAGAUGAUGUUUUCCUCGAGACCUGCUCUCAAGUAUUUUGCUUUGAAAUUUGACUUUAGUGGCACUUAGGAGAUACUUUAAACAACUGUGUCAGUGGGAAAAUGAACAAAAUAGCAGUUUUUGGUGCCACUGGCGUGACGGGGUUGUGUGUGCUAAAAUCUGCAAUUGAAAAAGGACUGAAUAUCCGAGCUCUUGUGAGGAACCCAGCCAAGAUUCCAAAGGAGUAUGAGCACACGGUGGAUGUCAUCAAGGGGGAUGUGUUAAAUGUCCAAGACGUGAAUGCAACUCUAAGAGGACAAGAUGCUGCCAUUGUGUUACUUGGAAUGGGAAACAUUUUGGGCCCAACUACAGUGAUGUCUAAAGGCUUGGACAAUAUUAUAAGUGGGAUGAAGGCGGAAAAGGUCGAAGUGGUUUCAGUCUGUCUGUCAGUGAAUUUGUUUGCUGAACCUGAAAAAGUUCAGCCAAUGUUCCCUGAGAUAUUUGCCGAGCACAGGAGAAUGUUCGACUCCCUGAAGGCCAGUGGACUGAAGUGGAUUGCAGUUAAUGCUCCUCUGAUAAGCAACCAGCCUCCGACAGGCUACAUCACUGCGCACACACCGCAAUCAAAGGACUCACAAGUGUUUCGAAGUACGACUUGGCCAAAUUUUUCGUUGACAGUGUUUCCAUGCCAGAACAUUACCAGAAAUCGGUUGGAAUCGCCAGCAACCCCAGAGAGGAGUGACAAGUUCUGAAAUACUAGAGUGGACAUUAAAAAUCAUUUAUAUUGUAAAUAAUUACAACCUUGUAUUACACUUCAUGGACAACUGGACUAAUACUAUUAAAAUACUUCCUUUAUUCCUAUGUACGAUUACGUAGCAAUAUUUUGAUUUGUUUGUAAUGUAAUUAUUUUGAAAGUGUGUUUGUAGUUA